GAAAAUGUUCGCAAAAGCUAACAUGUGAUUUUUUAUAGUUCUACCCGCAAAUUAUAAAUAUAAUCUAAACACUACUUAACAAUGAAAACCAAUGAGCCAAAUUAUGAAAUCAAAAUCAAAGUGUAACAUUAGCUCUGAUAGUCUUAAUAUUGACGACACUAUUAGUAGUAGUACUGGUUAUUAUUUUAACAGUCAUGAAAAUCUAAGUCCUACAAUUGCAACUUUAUUACCAAGAAAUUUAUUGGAUAGUCCAGUACUUAAUGAUCAAACCAUUUUACCAUCAACUUCAUUUUUGUCAAAAUCAAAGAAGAAACAAAAAAAUUCUCAUCUACAAAUACCUAUAAUGAAUUUGAAAACAGAAGAUAGUGAAUCGAAGAUUCAAUCUUUUGAUGAUGAUGAUAAUAAUAGUGUCAUUAGCUCUGAUGUUACUAUUUCUACAACAAAAAAUACUAAUAUCAAUCAACGUACUGACAAAUGCUUCACCGGAUUUUAUUUAAAAACUACUUAUUCUGAUGUUAAAUUCAUUAUAAAAGAUCCAUUUAUCAUUGAAAAAUUGGUUUUACUACCCAUGACUAAAUUAUUUCUUUACUUAAUGAAAAAAAGUAAACAUAAACCUAAUGAAAAUGAGUCAAAUUAUAAUUGCAGUAAAAGUACUACUGUUAACACAACCACUAAUAGUGAAAUAAAUGACUAUUCAUCCUUAGUAUCAUCAUCACCAUCCUCAUCAUCGUCAUCAUCGUCGUCAUCAUUAUCGUCAUCAUCUGAUUCAUGUCAGUUGAUUCAUUCUAAACGUGUAUUAAUGGAAUUAUAUGAGAACUAUAUUGAAACUUAUGGAUAUUUAAAACAUGCAAAACUAUUUGUUAAGUAUACAUUGAAAGAUUUUCCUGAUUGUGAAGAGAAAUCUAACCUUCUGAAAUUGCUUAAUAAAUGUGAUAGAUCAAUAAGUUUAUUGAAUAAAUCAGAUGAAUUUUCUAUUCAACAUAAAAUUAAUAAUGAUACAUCUGAUUUUAGCUUAAAUGUUAAUAGAAUUCCAUCGGAAUAUCAGUUCCCCACAUUUUCAUCAUCACCAUCAAUCUCAUCAUCCAGUACAACAUUAUGUCCUAUUCAAAGUUCAUCAUUUUCAAUAAAUGAUUAUUAUUAUCAUCAUCAUCUUCAUUAUCAACAAGAUCAAUUAUUUUCAUCAGAUCGUUCAUUAAAUAUUAUAAAUAUAUCACCAUUCGAGUUAACCAAUGAUUUAUCAGAAGUAAAUCAUUUUAAAUCAAAUUACAUUAUACAAACAAAACCAAUUUCAGCUUAUUAUGUUGAUAGGAAAACAUUAAAUAAAGUUCCAUCAGAUAAUUCAAAAAGUAAGAACGACUCAUUAUUCAACAUACGCUACAAAACACAAGUAUGCAGAUAUUUUCAAGAACAUGAUGGUUAUUGUCCAGCUGGAAUAAGAUGCCAUUUUGCACAUGGUAUAAUAGAACUGCGAGAUCCGAAAUCCCAUCCAAAAUUUCGUAGUCAAGUAUGUCGAAAUUAUUCAACCACUGGUAACUGUUCAUAUGGUGAUAAGUGCUAUUUUAAGCACUUCAUAAAUGAUUCGCAGUCAAAAACAACAGUAACAACACCAAAAGUAAAAGUAUUCAAUGAUAAAGAAAAUCCAUCACCUGAUUCAACUAGUCAACCAAUGAAACAUCUAAUUAAUUCCAAAAAAAAGUGAUAUUACAAUGAAAGGACAAAUAUCGAGCUGUAAACGAACCAAUGAUGAAAGAACUUAAUGAAUAAGCAAAAAAUGUUAAUAAUACUGACUUUCACCUAAUUAGUGAAGUGUAAUAAAAUCCCUAUUUCUAAUUCUUACUUAACGAUUUAAUGAUCCCUACAGAGUAUUUACAAAUUUAAAAAAAAAACAUGUUUGAAUGAACAAUCAUCUUUAAUAAAUUCGUCAUCAAGUUCUUGUAUAUUAAAAGAAUUAUAGACUGAUGGUUAUAGUGUUCGCCUGAAAAUUCUUCGUUCUUCAACUGCUAAUUUAAUGCACAUCAUACAUGGUGCCUAUACAAGGAAUCAUAAUAAAAAGAAGAUAAAGAUAAUUGGUAAUUUAGUUGUUUUCCUCAAAUACAAAGUAAUCACUGAUUAGCGUUUUUUUAGCGAGUUAGU